AUGACUGAACUUCGAGUAGCCAUCCAAGGAUGCGCCCAUGGAGAGCUUGACAAGAUCUAUGAGCGUUUGAAGAUGAAGUGUAGGCAUAAUCUUCCAGAUCUACUGAUAAUUUGUGGUGACUUCCAGGCCUUCAGGAAUACAAUUGACAUGGAUUGUGCCUCGCUCACCAAUAAAUACAAGAGACUGGGGGACUUCCAUCAGUAUUAUACCGGAGAGAAAAAGGCACCAGUGAAGACAAUUUUUAUCGGAGGCAACCAUGAAGCUUCCAACUAUUUGACCGAAUUGCCCUAUGGUGGGUACGUCGCUCCUAAUAUCUAUUACAUGGGGACCUCUGGUGUCGUGUGGUUUAAAGGACUUCGCAUCAUGGGGUGGUCAGGUAUUUAUUUAGAGAGAGAUUUCUACCUUCCCCACAAUGAAAAGUAUCCCUUUAACGAAAGGGAAAAGAGAUCUGUAUACCAUUCAAGGUGGAUAGACUACUUAAAACUAUCUCUACAGUCAAAUAUUGCCAGAAGUAGUAUAAUGAUAACCCACGAUUGGCCCCAAGGAAUAGAGCAUUAUGGCGAUCUGCGUAAGCUGUUGCAAAAUAAACCUUUUUUCCGUUCGGAUAUUGAAAAAGAGUUGCUUGGAUCACCCCCCGGAAGAAAGCUGUUGGAGAUUCUAGCUCCAAACUACUGGUUCAGCGCUCAUCUACAUGUCCGAUAUGAGGCAAGUUUUGUCAGUGAUGUAGGAACCAAAAGAACAAUUGCACUUUCUGGAAAAGACAAACAGUUCCCUAGCAAGAGACAAAAUGUCACGGGACUGAAGACUAAAAAGAAUCAAAACGAAAUCGAAUUGAGUGUUUCUGUCUCCUCAGAUGACUUUAACUCAGAAGUUAACAAUAAUGAUGAGAUUGCUUUGGAUUUAUCUGACGCAUCAAGCGAUUCGGAUUCACUUCAAGUCAAUUGUUCGUCCUCAUCUGCGCCCAUUUCACAAACCACUCGAUUCUUGGCUCUAGAUAAAUGCAAAAAGGAUUUUAAUGAUCAUCUAGAAGUUUUACCCAUCACCAUCACUGACAGUCAACAUGACUCAGCUCGUUCUGAUGAGAUCUUUCUGGAUCAAGAAUUUUUAACGAUUAUCAAAUUGGUCGAAAAGUUUAACAUAUCACCACAACACAAGUCACUAGACGUCUCUAGCAUUCGAACAGAAUUGGCACAAGAGAUACCCACCAAUGGUUUCAAAAUUGAAACGUCAUUAGAGGCUCCCAAAUUUCAAUACGAUUCACAGUGGUCGCACUCUAACGUUUCCAAAAAUUUGAAAAACAUGUCAAAGCUUUACAAGACUUACCGUAACCCUCAAACCAUUCAGCUGCAACAGAUUUAUCAGUCCUGA